AUGUCCCCUCCUUGUUACAAAUAUUUUUGAAAAUUUUGUUACAUUUUAACCUUAUAAAUAUUUGGAUCAAUUUUUGUGAUUUAAAAUAAUUUGUGAUUGGUUUAUGUAUAUCGCGGCAGUUCGGCGGCAUCGACUUGGUAAGUGUUUGGAGGAGCACAGAGUUGAGAAGUAGAAGAAAAGAAAGCAAGCGAAAAAGGAGGAAGAAAAAUGUCUGCAAGCGGAAAGCGAAAGGACGACGAAGAUCGCGUAUCCGAAGGAGAUGCUCCUCCUUCUAAAACAUUCAGGAAAGAUCCUGACGAUGCCGAUGAAAUCGUCGUCUGCGAGCUUUCAAAGAACCGUAGGGUUAUGGUCAGGAAAUGGCAAGGAAAGAUUGUCGUCGAUAUUCGCGAGUUUUAUGUCAAAGAUGGCAAGCAGAUGCCUGGAAAGAAAGGAAAAAAAAAAGAAGAAUAAUCUUCUGCUUUCUAUAAUGGCGGUCUUCUGCAGUGGAACGUUCUCCUAAAUCAUGUAGAAGAAAUUGACAAGGCUGUUAAUGAGAACUCGUCAGGAGAUUAAAACAGCAUCUUUUUUUGAUAUUAGUAGCAAGAGUAUUGCUCCGUAGGGUUAACGACGAAACUGUGACCUUUUGUACAGCCAAUGGGCUUGUUUUUGGUGGAAAUGAAGACCAGAGAGCAGGCAUAUUAGCAUUUAUACAUUAUCACUGGAUUGUUAUUUUGAAUUGUAGACCAGAGACAUGAUAUUAUUAUAAUAUAGUAUGGGCUAACGGACAAUAUUACUAUUCUCAA